UUCUUUUCUAAUGAACUUCCAACUUCCGGUUAAAGUGAAAGUAGACCACAUUUCAUAUUGUCAGCAUCUCUAGUGCCUUGCGUGUUAAUUAAGCCUUCUUAAAAUCACUAAGGUUAUGGAAACUGACAAAGAGCAUGUGACCAAUGAUCAAUCUGAAUCUAGAACUGUAACUGGUAAAACUCACUUGAGUGUAGUCGAAAGAUACUAUAAACCAAAGUAUAUUCUAGAUUGUCAGGCUAAUGAAGAUGAAGAUCUCUGUAUACUCACUCAUUCAAACAGAAUUUGCAUUAUUACACUGGCGUCUACUCAUCCAGUUGUUAGAGAUCAGAAAACAAUAAAACAGAUCAGUUUUAAGGUCGGAGGUAUUGAUAGACUUACCAACAAAGUUUCUGGAAAAGGGAAACGGGGAGCACAAGAGUUAAAUGCUGGAUCACCAAUAUGCAAGAUUUCAUGUGUUGAUGGGGAGGAAUUUACUGUUUAUUCAGGAAUAAAAGGACAGCUUAUUGAGGUUAAUGAAUGUCUGAUACAAAACCCAGACUUGAUCCUGAAAAAACCACAAACAGAAGGAUACGUCGCCAUUGUGUUACCAAAGCUUAAAGACCAUGAACAAGUUCUUAAAAAAUUGAAAACAGAGGAAGAAUACAGACAAAGAAGAUUUGAUCUUUCGGAUGAUGGAGGAAGUUGAAAUUUAAUGAAACUGUCCUGGUUGCAGUUCAAUAUGUUGGAUCAUUCUAUCGAUCAUGCUUUUAUAAACAUUUUUGAAACACCAAAUUCUAUAAUUGAAUGUAUAGAAUAGUGGCAUAUUGUAAAUUAAGUUAUGCUGCCUAGUUGAACUAGUUGGGCAAAACAUGACAAAGGUAAGAAUAACAAACCUUAACUGAAUAUACAUACAAUGACGAUAUUGACUAUGUAUAGAGGACAGUAUAUUGAAGUAAGAAAACUGAAAUAUGUAGAAAACCUGUAGAGAUGUCAAGUUUACAAAAAUACAAUUAUUAAAAGUAUGAAAUUCAUUUUUCCUUUGAAGAUGUCUGUUUUUAGAGCCUUUAAAAUUAGUAUGUCUCUUUUUCCCCGUGCAAUAAGUCCCUAUCUUCAACAAACAAUUAUUCACGCGUAUACUUAUUUCUAUAAACAAAUUAAAGAACCAAUUGCUAGCUUA